AUGACACCAAAUGAACCCUCAACCUCUCCCGUGAAGGUAAGAAGGGUCCCACUGUACCCAGGUUUCCCAGAGUUGGCGCGAUCGGACGUCAGCAUUUAUCCUAGUUACACUAAAUUGUCAUUGGCAUAUCUUGUAGUUUGCCGCCAUCGCUACCACUGGGCAAAGGUUGCCCAACGCAAACAAUUCAUGAAAGAGCUUCAUAGUUUUGAACGUCUCCAGCCAAAUGCUCUGGAUGGUGUAAGAGUACAUCGCGAAUUUUCUCAGGGAAUCCUGUCUCAUAAGAUACCUCCACGACGUUAUAUACAAAAACUGUCUAAAGAUCCAUUGAAUUCUCACCAGAGGAUGAGAGUUGAAGAAAUAAUAAGUGGCAGGGUGAAUUUCAAA